AUGAGAUACCCACUACCCGAAGUUGUCAAGUCAUGGCCGCCACCAAAUCAAGUUGAUCCCGAAUCGAAAGGGCCGUCCUUGCUCAUCAUCGAGAGUAUCUCGCUCAGCAUUGCUCUCAUCUGCAUACUGCUCAGGCUGUAUGUGAGGACCUUCAUGAUGCGGAAGAGUUGGUGGGAUGAUUGGCUUAAGGUUGGCGCUGCUAUUUUCUCAAUUCUCGUGACCGUGUGCGUCAUUGUAGAUACGGACCUUAGAUACGGAUGGAACAUCCAUGUAUGGGACACAACAUUCGUGCAGCGCAUGCAAGGCCGUCAAAUCUCUCUCUUGGGACAGACACUCUUUGUGUUUGCGUCUGGCCUAUCAAAGCUCUCCGUUCUUACGAGCUAUUUAAGAAUAGCUCCUCUCGGGUCCACCUUCCAGCGAGGCACCCAGGUUAUCACCGGUGCUGUGAUUGCCAUGAUGAUUAUAUUUCUCAUAGUGACUUGGACGCAAUGCAUUCCCAUAUGGCAUAAUUGGGAUCCGAUAGGUCAGGACAUGAACUGCAUGGCAGAAUGGCCACCGUUGGCUGGACAGACCGUGACAAGCGUGAUCACCGACAUCCUCGUAUAUCUCCUUCCAAUGCCCACACUCUUUCGACUCAGGCUUCAAAUCCUCCAAAGAAUCGUCUUAAUGAUCCUCUUCAGUCUUGGUAUCGUGGUCGUUGCGGCGGGCAUCAUGAGAGCGUGGUGGACCUACUACGUCGUGGAGAUGACAUACGAUAUUACAUGGGACGGUUUCGACCUCUGGAUGUGGACAGCACUAGAAGCCAAUUUCGCCAUUAUUUGCGGCUGCGUUCCGGUUCUGCGCCGUCUACUGCCAGCACCAAUGCACAAUAUUGUGCGGUGGUGGAUUUGCCCACAACGCGGCCAACGGUCCAUGGUCCUCGCUGGUCUUCAACAACGGAUUCGUGGAUAA